AUGAGAUCUGGUUUUAAUCUUUACAGAAAAGGAAAAUUAGGAUUUAAUACAAGUCCAAAAUAAGUUAAACAUUCACAUGUUACCGAAUUAUUCGAGUCAUUUGAAGAAUAUGUUUCAAAUAGUCCAAGAAUUUGUUCAGUAUUUGAAUUUAUGAAUACUAAUCUUGAAAAUAUUAUUAAUAAUAAUUGGAUACUUCAUCAAGAUUUGAAUCCAAACAAUUUAUUAAGUGAUAAACGUGGUGUUUUAAAAAUAGCCGAUUUUGGUUUAGCAAACUUUUUCGGUUCACCAUCGGGAUUAAUGUCACAUGACGUUGUUACAAGAUAG